GACGGCCCGCGAAGAAAGGUUGCGCGUCUCUGCAAUGCCAGCAGUGAAUUGGUGAAGUGUUGUGACAACUGGAGGAAUUACGCUCAUAUCACCAGCAAUGAAUGCUAUACAGUUGCUGCGAUUCCUUCACAUGGGCACCACAGGGCAGUGCUACGUGGCGAGCGAGAAGAAGCCCAACGUGAGGGAGUUGUGUCGCAUUCCGGACCAACUGGAGUGCCUGAAGAUUCUGGCGACUGGAGAGAACCACCGUCUGGUCACGCUGACCAUCAAGAAAGCCCUGGACUCUGUCUAUUUGCGUCGCACAAAUGAGGCGAUCAUCUGCAUUGUCUACUGCUUCCACUUGGUGGAGAAUCAGGAGCUGCGCAAUGCUCUAUACCAGAUGCUUCCGGAUCUGCUCGCGACGCAGGAGGAUCUGCUGCUCUUCGCCCACUACAACAAGUUCUACUCCCUCACACGUACCGGCUACGGACGCGGCCUGAAGAAUGCCGUGUCCAAGUGGUACAAUCUGAAGACGCCCGAGCAGAUGUGCGACAUGAUCGCGCGCCGGACCGUCAUCAACAAGUGGUCGCACAAAGACGUCAUCAACAUCGCUCAUCCGAAGAUUGAGGACCCGCAGAAGGUGCUCAUCGUGAAGUCCGUGUUCCAGAGCGGGCCGCGCGUGCUGGAGAACGCGCAGGAGAACGGCUCCGUGGCGAACAUGGACUCCUAUCGGCGUCUCCUGCUCGUCGUCGAGUUCAAGAAUCUCCAGGACCCCGUGAAGGCGGCCGAGAUGAUUCGCACGCACAACUUCCCCUUCGGCUACUUGCCCACGCACAUGUGGCCGUUCCGGCAGGUGUGGGAGGAGCUUCUGCACAAGAUGACGUACCCGGAACUGCUCGAGGCGAUGCCACGGCUGACGGCCAUGAAAAUGCUCAAGCCUUCCGAGGCGCUCGCGAAGAAAUACUGCACAGCCGUGGGCAACAUGGAGACCCUGCGGAAGAGCAAAAUGCACCCAAUUUCCGUUUAUGCUUUCCUCCAGCUCUACCGUUCCAAGCGUCGCUACACCGAGACGCACAAGGAGAUGUACUAUCGCAAGAAGCUGGGCGUGCAGGAGAUGGAAUUCAAUCAGCACUUGGCGAAGAAGAUUCUCUUCGGCUUCAACCAAUCAUUCAAGUAUUUGGAACCGAUUGAGCAGAACAUCUGCGUGGUCAUCAACUUGAGGAAGAAACUCGUGGACAGACCUGUUUUCGGCCUGAAACAACUCACGUGCCUGGAAGUUUCCCUCGUGAUGGCUCUUUCUCUCCUCCACGCGGGACGCAAGGUCGACAUACUCACGUUCUCGGACAACAGAGGCACUCUGAAGCGCGUCCCGCUGACUAAAGAGAUGUCUUACGAUGAAGCGUACAAAGUUUGCAUUGGAAUGCUGAUGGACAAGACUUGGCAAGAUCUGUCGACGCCCUUCAACGAGGCGAUGAUGAAGAACAAGGAGUACAAUGCCAUCAUCGUGUUUGUGGACUCGCUUUUGAGGGCUGGCAAGAGUGCAAGUUCCAUGCUCAUGGCCUUCAAUCGGUACAAGAUUAAAGGCCAGCGACAGAAGUAUUCAAAUCCUUUCUCGCGCUUCGUUGUCGUGAACAUGCGUCGCAAGAAGGCGGACCUGAAGUUCCACGGGGACGAUGAGAAGAUGGGAAUUCUGGAGAUUGCUGGCUUCGACAGACACUCGCCGAAGGUGAUUGAGGCUUUUGUGAAGCAGCAAUUUGUCUAACUUCCGCAGCUGCUGGAAGGAAAAAUAACUCAUGCACACAAGUAUGCGAUUAAUGGCUUAUUUCUUUAUUUUAUUUCUUCACUAUUUUUAAUGAUUUAAUCGGGGCUGCAAAUACCGAAAUUGUUAAAAGCAAAUGCGCGCCAAAUUAGUUUCCCAGAGUUUUUUGAUGUUGUUGCCCAAAUUCCGUCUUGGUAUCAAAAUACUAGAAGAGAUCGGCAGCCUUACUUUGUCAAUGAAAUUAACCCAGGAUGAAAAUGUCUCAGAUGAGGAAUUAAUAAUAACGGAGCAAUACACUCCAAGGAAGUAUGAAUCUUACAUUUUGUAGUUGACUACGUAAUAUGAAGUAAUUAUUUUUGGAUGUAGUAUUAUUGAAUUUUAUGAUAUAUAUAUAUGCUUUUAUUAAUCCUUUGAAGUACGAUUAUGAGGAAAAUAUGUGUUCUUCAUGACACCAAAUUGAGGAAGAUGCGGAGAGAGAGAGAGAGAGCGCGUUAUAUUUUACUAUCAGGUGAAAGCGGUAAAAGUUGACGAAAAAAAACGAUAAGAAAAAAAUAGUCAGGUAACAACAGUCUGAAGUAAUAAAAAGAAAUAAAUUGUAAAAGUAAUUCACAGGGUGUCACCUAAUCAUAAAGGUGCUUUUGAUGAAUAAAGAAAAAAGGAGAAACUCUUCAUGAUAUAGAACUGAUGAUGAUGAUGAAAAAAAAUAGUGAUUGUAAGCUUAAUGAGAAUGAAAGUGAAUUUUGACUUGUUUUAUUUUUAUAAAUUGUAGCAACAAAUUAUAAGAUUGAGAAACUCCUUAGAAUCGAAACCACUAAAAGUAAUUAGGCCUUAGAUAUAAACAAGAAACACUUGACAUUAAAAGAAAAAAAAAUGAAUUGCAGCGUGGCAAAUUCAUAGGCAUUUGCCAUGGCUGCACAAGAAAGGAAUCUGUAUGUAUGUUAUUUAAUUUGUUGACUCGUUUUUUUUCCUAUAAUAAAUUAUUUUGGUAGAAAGAAACUUAGCAGAGAAAUUAGAAAUCAAACAACAAAAUAUAGAUUUUAUUUAGAAAGAGAGAGCAAAUAGAUAUUCCUUAAUCAAAUAGAAAUAAACUGCCAAAGUCACAUUUAUACACUUAAAUGGAAAACUCUUGUUCUGAAUGUAUUUUUUUGCUGAACAAAGAUUAAAUAUAUAUUUUACUUUUUGCCGUGCGAACAAACCAUUGUACAAAAGUGAGAGAGAGAGAGAGAAAUUGAAUUGUAUCUAAGGCACAGCGAGGAGGACGCAAAAUGAGAAAGUUUAUAAAUAAAACUACCCAAAAUUGUGAUAUUUCAGGAUAUAUAAAAA